AUGUGCUACUUCGAGCAGACUCGCUGGAGCUGCGGGUACUGGAAGUGGGGGAACUUUCGCCAACAGUGCAACAAGGAAUACCGGACAGGCGAGACGUGCGGGCUGAAGCUGGUCUACGACACGUCCUACAUGCACGGACAGUGCAAAAUCUGCGACCAGAUCACCAAGAAGGACCGGCGCAUGCGGAAAAUGUCCGAGGACAUCCAGCGGUGGCAGCGGGAGGGCAACCGGCGCGCCACCAUCGAGAAGACGCAGCAGGACAUGACCGAGAUCCAGAUCCAGAUCAACGACCUCUGUCACAGCCAUCAGGAGAAGCAACGGAGCAUCUGCUAG